AUAAAAAAAUAGUUCAUGGAAACUUUUCCUAACUAUGGAUUAAUAAUCUUCAUUUUCAUUUUCCUCAAUAAUCUCCUCCUUUUUUCCCAAUUCCAACUCUUCAAUGAAUUCUGCGUCGAUGAAAGUGGUAAAUUCACACCAAACAGCUUCUAUCAAAACAACCUAAAUCUCCUCCUUUCCUCCCUCAAAAACAAAUCCUCGUCUUCUCUGUUCGACACUCAUAUCGUCGGACAAGGAACCACCAACCAAAUCUACGGUCUAUACAUGUGUCGAGGCGAUCUUGACCUUCAACAAUGUCAUGACUGUGUUGGAUCUUCAUCUUUAACAAUCAUCCAAACAUGUCCUGUUCAAAAAGAGGCAAUCUCAUGGUAUCUACAGUGCAUGAUUCGGUAUUCGAACCUCGAUAUCUUCUCAACUGUCGAGAUAUCUCCGUUGAGUUAUGCGUGGAGACCGCAAAACGUGUCGAAUCGUGUUCUGUUUCGUGCGGAAAUUUCGAAAUUGAUGGUUGGUUUGGUGGGUCAAACAGCUUAUAAUACUAGUAAAGGAGGGUAUGGUAUUGAUAAGGCUAAUGUGACGAGCGUGGAAGAUGUUUAUGUGUUGAUGCAAUGCACGUUUAAUAUUUUAGGAAGUGCGUGUGAAAGUUGUCUGAGAGUUUUGAUAAGGAAUAUUGAAAGUUGUUGUGGGAUCACGAGUUUAAAAUUGGCUAUGUUCUCGCCUAGUUGUUGGGUUCGUUAUGAAGUUGUAGCCCAUGUUGAGCCUUUUCUUUCUUCAACGCCUUCUUUUGAGAAUAAUUUUACCACUAUGUCAACACCAUUGUCACAAGGGCGGUCUACUGCUUCAGCCGUAACCUCAAGUUGCAUUUAUUUAAUAUCUGGGCUUCUAAUAGUUGUAACAAUGUCAUUCAUUACGACUUGGUAA